CUGUCCUUUUCCAAUGGGAUCAGGCAGAAUCCGACCCUUUGAGAAUUCUAGAAUGGUUAUUUCUUCCCCACUCUCCACCUAAGACUGUUUGGACCAUUAAUGACAUGCUUGCUAAGCUCGUCAUGAAAGGUAGGGGACGUCUGCAGGAGAUGGAUGGAAGGGAUCCUGAGACGAUCUACAUUCCAGCCACAAAAGACAACUUAGACUGGCUUCUUGCAGAGGACGCUGGGUUUCAGACUACAUUAGCGGACUUCCACGGUAAUAUUUCCAUUCACUUCCCGAAACAUAAACUCUGGGCGGAAAUAGGAAAUCUACCCCUGAUGGCCACGCAUCGCUGCAAACUACGACCAGUAAAUGGAAUCACAGUCUUCACUGAUGCGUCUGGACAAUCCAAAAAAGCCGCCGUGACAUGGAAGAACCCUGCCACAGGACAAUGGGACAAUAAGGUACAAACCUUGGACCAAGGUUCUGUACAGGUUUUAGAACUAGCAGCUAUCCGCAUGGCAUUUGAAUUGUUCCAUGCACCAGUUAUGAUCAAAGAUCUAAUAUCUGGGCAAUGGUCAGGACCAGUAGAUCUCGUAACAUGGGGAAGGGGAUAUACCUGUGUAUCCAAGGGUACCAAAUUGCAAUGGGUCCCUUCUAGAUGUGUCAGGUCUUAUAUUAGCCCUCCACCACAACAGGAACAACCACCAGAAGAAAUAAGUGAAGGAUUUGGAUUAGAAGAAACAUGACCAACAAUAGUAAAUACACCACAAAGUGAAAAAAAAAAAAAA